GUUUUGACGUUGUUUUCCUUACAAUCGCUCCUUAAAUCUACUUGGUAAAAAUAAUACACAGUGAUAGAAAUCAUGGCGUCCUCCCAAGCAAAAGAAAAGCCAGACUUAAAAGACAACAACGGAGAGGACCUAAGCACAAUCCUCUCCACAGAAGAACAAAUCGAGCUCACCCUCCUCAUUGGCAACAUAACUGAAGUAAUGCGAAAACGCAUCUCCGACACCUUCGAUGCCUCCCCGUCCCUCUCCAAAACAAAAGACUCCCAUCCCAAGCUCGAUAUCAAGGAUAAAAACCCCAAUAUCGAUGAGAAAGAGCAAGAAAAACACGAAGAGACAGAGGAGGAGGAGAAAGCAAGGAAUUUGAGGGAGAGUAGAGAGAAAGAAUUGUCAGCGCCGAAAAUCCAGGAGUUGAAGAAAGAUGCGGAGGAGUUUUUUCACGAUUGGAGGGAAGGUGUGAUUUCACGGUUGGGGGAGGUGGUUAAUCAGCCGCAGAAGGAGGUUGAGGAGAGGGUUGAGAAUGCUACUACUGCGACGACGGAUGAUAAGGGGCCUCCUGAGGGGACCAAGAUACUUCGUGAGUUUUCCCUUCACUCAUGCUUAUUUGUGUCUUGUCCUACUAUGUCGGAUUUUCUAUGGAAAUCCGUCGUCACUGGAUUGACCCGAGAUCUCAAAUCGUUUCCGUUCGACUUACAACACUUAUAAACUUCUGGUUGCUGCCCAUACAUCGAAUAAGCUACUCAGACACUAUACAGGGCGUUAUCUCUCAAUAUCUAACCAAACCACAGACAGAAACACAAAUAUCGAAGAAGCAGAUGCAGCUCUCAUCGAACUCUACCCACCAACCUCAACAACUCUCUAUUCUCUCCCCCGAGAAAAACGCAUUCUUCUUCUCAACGCCAUACUUCUCCUUCUUCUCUCCCUAAAGCAUUAUACAGCACAUUCUAGAAUACUACUUCUUCACCUCUCAUCCUCACUCCACUUACCACUACACAUCCUCGCCGAGCAAGAGGUAAAAGUUGCUCAAGGUCUCCUCGAAGCCGCAAAACACAUGUCAGGCAAAGAAGAGACCGAAAAGAGAGGAGACGAGAAUAAAGUUUUCAGAAGAUGGAAAGUUGGGUUGGCAGGCGUUGCUGGUGCUGCCGUGAUCGGGUAAUUAUUACCCCAUUUCCAAUCCCACCCCCCUUUUCUCGCUUAAGCUGACAUGUACAAUAGGAUCACAGGAGGCCUGGCAGCUCCAUUAGUAGCGGGAGCAAUAGGUACAAUUAUGGGUGGUCUUGGUCUUGGUGCCACCACCGCUGCAGGACUUCUAGGAGCUUUAGCAGAGAGCGGGGUCAUAGUCGGCGCACUCUUUGGAGCCUACGGUGGAAAAAUGACUGGUGAAAUGAUGGAUCAGUACGCCAAAGAAGUAGACGAUUUUGCCUUUCUACCAUUGAAGGGAUCCAAGCACCGCGAACCACUUCCAGAGGACCGACGAUUGAGAGUUACGAUUGGUAUUAGUGGAUGGAUCACCCAAAGAGAGGAUAUCAUAACACCCUGGAGAGCGCUAGGUCGUCAAAGUGAGGUGUUUGCCUUGCGAUGGGAAUUGGCUGCUUUGACGUAUGUAUCAUCCCGCCUCCCAACAACACAAAGUAAAUACUAACAAGUCUCCAGAAAACUCGGCACCUCCAUGGAAUCCGUAGUCAAAUCCGCUGCCUGGGCUGUCGCAAAGAAAGAAAUCAUCUCACGAACAAUCUUCGCUUCUCUCAUGUCAGCACUCUGGCCCAUCGGUCUUCUGAAAAUCUCCAAAAUCGUCGAUAACCCAUUUUCCGUCGGCAUGAACCGAGCGGAUAAAGCUGGGCUCGUCCUAGCUGACGCACUCAUCAACAAAGCACAAGGAGAGAGACCAGUCACUUUAAUUGGCUAUAGUCUCGGUGCUAGAAUGAUCUAUUCAUGUUUGAUGAGUCUUGCGGAAAGGAGAGCGUUUGGAUUGGUAGAGAGUGCGAUUCUGAUUGGUGCUCCUACUCCAUCGGAUGGUACCCCUUGGAGAGCGAUGAGGAGUGUAGUUGCCGGGAGAUUGAUUAAUGUCUAUUCCGAGAAUGAUUAUAUCCUAGCUUUCCUCUACCGGACAAGCAGGAUUCAAUUUGGGGUUGCAGGCUUGCAAGAGAUUGAGGAUGUUAGAGGAAUUGAGAAUGUGGAUGUCAGUGAUAUGGUCAGUGGGCACUUACGGUUGCAGUAUUUGGUCGGGAGUAUUCUUGAGAAGAUUGGGUUUGAGGAUAUUGAUGUUGAUGAGGUGAAGAGGGAGGAAGAGACGCUGGCUUUGUUGGAGGAGAAAGAGAAGAAGGAAGAGGAGAAGAAGGAGGGUGACGAUGUGAAACCGGAGGAGGAAGCAGCAAAGAUGGAAAAGGAUGUUGAGCAUAAAACUCAGCAGACUUUGAUGCAGAAAGCUGCUGAGAAGCUGCAUCUAGGUUGAAGUAUACGAUAGCCCGAGAAACAAGCAAAUGUAGAAAUACACAAAU